AUGUCUACGAAUAGAAAGUCCAGUAUCUCUUUAAACCCUACAUCUUCAAUCCUCAAUACCACUACAAUUUCCAACAACACACCCAGAAGAUCCGAUGUUCAAAACUCAAAUUUAUUUAAAAUUUAUGAUUAUUCAGAUCAAGCAAGACACAUCAGCAUGAGCACAUUUUAUGAAGGCAAACCAUUCUCUUCGUCACAAGCACCCUCUGAUACUAGAGGGGAUCACCAUUACAAAGCACAUACGUCGAUUUCAAAAAUGGUUGGAUCAUUUGAAUUGUUAGAGCAAGUAGAGAUUGACAAGAAGGAUUGGAAAGAUGCCAUUAAGUCUUUGCAAAAAAGAGGUGAGAUAAGAACAGACUACGAUGUGGCUCUGCUUGUGUCGUUGGCAAAGCGGUUAAAAUUCUUCUCUGACCCAUCUCUUGAUCUUUCCUCCCUAGACAUUGAAGAAUGCAUGAGGUUUGCCUCGUGUGAAACCUUGAAAAUCAAUGAGGUCGUUUGCGAAUUGGAACAAAACACAAGACCUGCCUUCUUUUAUGUUGUUCUAAAAGGCAGUGUUGGAAUUCUGUCCUCACCCUAUCCAACAUCAUAUUACUCCAAAAUGGGAUUGAAGUCAAACCAGGUGAUGUCUGCACCACCUACUGACGCUGUUACAUCUCCAAGAAGUGGCCUUUCCUAUAAGAACAUUUGCUCGCUCUGUUCUGGAGAUACCUUUGGAGAGCCUUUUUUGAAUGAUAUCUAUGCAAGAGAAGGAGCUUGGAAAUGGAUAUCUAACGAGGAAACAGAGAUACUUAAAAUACCACACGAUGUUUAUACCAAAACGCUUAGACAAAAACAUGAAAACGAACUGAAAUAUCGAGUCAAGUUUCUUAAAACGUUAGUUCUUCCCAUAUUUGCAGGUUACAAAGAUUCUACUUUGUAUGAGCUUGCCAAAUCAUUUUUUGUUCAACACUUCCCUUCAAGACAUACAAUUCUUAGACAAGGUAAAGAAGGAAAGCUCAUGUAUUUCAUCAAGUCAGGCGAGGUAGCUGUUCUAAAGCGAUUGAAGUAUCAGGAGAACCUUGGUCAUAAAGUGUUGGAGUAUGUGAAAUUUGUUGAGCUGUGCCGACUCAAGCCAAAAGAAUAUUUUGGGGAGCGAGUGUUAAUCUAUGGUGGUGAAGCCAUCGAAGAGGAGCAGUGCAAUAACGAAACGGAAUGUGCUUCGUCCCCAAAGCUUAGAUACACUCGAUUAGCAUCUGUUUACACCACCUCUCCAACAGUGCUGUAUUGCAUCAAUAGGUCAUCCUUCACAAACUUUUUCAACAGGGAUGCCGUCUCUAGAAUGCAGAAAUAUUCAAGUACGUAUCCAAAAGAAAAAGAAAUUCGAAAAGUGUUUUCACAACAGCAAUCAUGGGAAAGGUUCAAGUCAAGGCUAGUAGAGGAAAUUAUCGAGAUGCCCAAGGAAUCAACCUUACUCACAUCUCCAAGAAAACGAAAGGUGUGA